ACAGACUGGAAGCGUAUGCUGAGAAAUAACUCAAGUGUGCUUCCUAAACUGCCAAUGGCUGUGCGUGUGCCAGCGCGAGCGACAGGCUGAUAUUGAUAAGGGAUUUGUUUCUUUCUCUCCCCUUAUAACUUGAAACAAGAAGCCACAAUCAUGUGAUGUACCAGUUGCUCAAUCAAUCAAUCAAUUAUAGUCCAAUCGUCUUGGCUAUUUCCCACUUUCGCUACUAUAGUAUUAGCAUUGCUUGCUGGUAUAUGUAGUCUUGCUGUUCUGGAUAGCAUGGCACUGCAUGUUGCUGAGUCGCUGAAGGAUCUGCGAUAUUCUACCUGGUCAAAAGGACCUGUCUUUGCCGAGGCUGGUCGUGUGGGUCACACAGUCGAUCCGCUGCUCGUGGGUGGCGAAGAAGGCAUUGUGACAGUUGGAGGAGCCAAUGCCACAGGACCGUUUUCGGACUCACAUUUUUUUAGCUGGGGUCAAUUCCAAUGGCGAAGUGUCUCGAGCGGUGGUCUUCCACCACGCUAUGAACAUUGCUCAUUUGUCAGAGCAGAGGACAGCAGCUCUAAACUGAUGGUGUUUGGUGGGGGCCAGGAGCAAGGCUGUCUCAAUGAUCUUUACGAACAUGCUGACGGUCAUUGGACAGAAGUGAUGACGCGUGGCAGCUCUCCUUCUCCAAGGACAUUCCACGCGUCCGCCAGCAGCAUCCGCCAUCGCGACAACAUAUUUGUGUUUGGCGGUGGUGAACAGGGAGACACGGGUGCAUCUGCGGUUGCCGACCGUCGGCUACAUGUUCUGAGCCUGGAUACAUUGACCUGGUGUCAGCCGAACACGUUUGGAGAAUCACCAUCGCCGCGCCAUGGCCACGCCAUAGCUGUUGUGAAUGACACGCUGUGCAUACAUGGUGGACUAGCGGGCCAUGGCGUGUUCAACGAUCUGCACACGCUAGACCUCGCUUCGCACCACUGGAGCAGUGUUGAGACGACGGGCGAUGUCCCUGUUGCGCGCGCUGCGCACGCGGCAUGUGCGCACGCUGGUCGCAUGAUCAUCUAUGGCGGUAUGACAACGACCGGUUGCCUUGGUGAUCUCUGCGUGUUGGAUCUGAGCAAGCACCACUGGUCAUCUGUGAAGACAUCUGGUCCUGCACCUUCUCCGCGCUUUGAUCACACCAUGUGUUUAGUUGAACUCCAAAAGGAUGAACAGAGUGAAAGAAUGGCUGAAGGAAGUGCGGAAAUGAUUGACAAUGCAUCGACCCGGGAAGGCUCUGAGGCAUGUGCUGUGGCUGCAACAACUGACCGAGAUCAGCAGAGCUUGGUAACACUGUUGUCUGCGGAAAAUUCAACUGCUUCUCCGAUGGGGUCGGCAUCAUUAUUCCCCACCCCUGGGCAAGGAAGGCAGAUUGUUCUCUGCAUCCUAGGAGGUAUGGAUACCAUGGGCACAAUGAAGAGUGAAUUUCUGCUCCUUCCUCUGACGGAAUGACCGAUGCCCUGUCCUGUCCUUGUCUUGUAUUGAGAGACACAAUGAGGUUGCAGUUCACCAUUGAAUGUAUGUGGGUGAGAGAGGGAGAGAGAGUUCCGCUGUGAUCUCCGUUGCUGCUGCUGCUGCUGGUAAUUCAGCCACAUCGCCUUGGUCAUGCCGGACAAACUCAACACGACUGAGCAACCUGCGUUGCACGUAUUCAACCAUUGUUCUUCAAGGUUACUAGUCCCUGCAGGCAAUCAUACACUGCUCAUGGCCGGCUGUCAAAGACUUUCAUGAAACUCAUGCUAGGAUUUUAGUAUAUUGUGUAUCCUUUCACUGUUUGGAUUGAUAUUGAGAUUUUUAUAAAAGAUUAUUAAUUUUA